AUGUUAUUGGAUCCCAUCCAGGAAGACAGAUGUCCAUCGCUGGGAGGUCAGUUGAGAUGCGUGAUUUUGACUAUGGAAUCUUGCAUAGGAAACUACUAUGAUGACGGUGAUGCUGCUGCUGAUGAUGAUGAUGAUGACGAUGAUGACGCUGAUGAUGAUGAUGAUGACGAUGAUGGUGACUAUGAUGAUGAGGAUGAUGAUGAUGAUUAUGAUUAUGAUGUUGAUGAUGAUGAGGAGCAGGAGGAUGAAGAUGAGGAGCAGGAAGAGGAGGAAAGUGAUAACGAUGAUGUUGAUGUUGAUGAUGAUGAUAAUGAUGGUGUUGAUGAUGAUGAUGAGAAAGAGGAGGAGUGGGAUGAUAAUGAUGAUGAUGAUGAUGAUGCACUGAGGAAUGAGCGCCGGGAUAUGCAGAGUGUGAAAGAUCUCGUAAAUGCGACGCAAAUUCCUUCGAUUGCGGAAUUGCAAGAGUGUAUGGUGAACUACACUGGACAGACUUUGUGCGCUGGCGAACUAGGCCACAAAAUCGAAGCAGUCAUGUGA